AUGAGUCCUGGACGUAUGGAGAAACAGAGACGGCAGAAAUCUACAGACUAUCAACAUGUCCAGCCUUCGCUGCGUCAGACCAGGCCCUCAUGGAGGAAGACGGUUUGUCCCGUCGCGUUCGCGUUGAUGGUGUUGACCGUACCUCUCUGGUGGAUGGCUCCCUCGGUCAAUGCUGGGACGAACGACUUACCAGGAUCUGAGUUCAGCUGGGACCAGAUCACUCCCUCGUCCUCGCUGCAGUAUCAUGACUGCUUCCAUGGCUUUCAAUGCGCACGCCUUGAGGUGCCUAUGGAUUAUCACCGCCCGGACGGGAAGGGCAGUCGUGUCGCUAUCGCCAUCACGCGCUUACCGGCGAAGGUUUCUGUGACGGAUCCUCGCUACGGUGGUGCAGUCCUCAUCAACCCCGGCGGUCCCGGAGGCUCCGGGGUAUUCCAGGUACUUCAGGUUGGGCGCGCCUUGCAGACCAUUGUGGAUGCGGAGACGGAUCCGACCAUUGGAGAACAGGAAACGCCUGAUCGAUAUUUCGAUAUUAUUGGAUUUGAUCCGCGCGGGGUCAAUAACACGACCCCGGGAUUCAGUUGCUUCCCCAAUAUAUUCUCCCAGAAGAACUGGGAACUGCAAGCUCAGGCCGAGGGUAUGCUUGGUAGCUCCGAAGGCUCUUUCAUGCGCAGCUGGCAGAGGAGUAUCGCCCUCAACACUGGAUGCUCCGCCACACUCACCACGGUGUCUGGGACUGGGGACGCGCUUGGGGAACAUAUGAACACACCGCCGGUGGCCCGUGACAUGCUAGAGAUCACGGAACGACACGCCGAAUGGCGGGAGAGGCAAGGGCGGGUGGAACAGAACCGACGCGACCGUGUCCUGGGCUAUGACCCCACGCAGUCAAUCAUCAAGCGGACUACAUGGAAGCGAGGCCAAGAGAAGCUUCUUUAUUGGGGCCGUUCCUACGGAACCGUGUUAGGCUCUACGUUCGCCACAAUGUUCCCGAAUCGUAUCGAUCGCGCGGUCCUGGAUGCGGUCGUCGAUGUUGAGUGGUACUACGGGGGCGGAAAGCAGGGGGGAUCCAGCGGGGUGGUCGAUGCAGAUGCUAUUUUUGACCGAUUUACGGUUUACUGCGACCAAGCGGGCGCCGAGGGGUGUCCUUUUUACGUCCGUGGCGGGCCGUCCGCCAUCAAGGAGGCCUACCUUCAGGUAGAAAGCGCCCUCUACAAUGCAUCUUUCCCGGUGACCGCGACGCACAUGCGUGGCCCGGAGGUGGUGACCUGGACCGAUUUAAAGAUCGCCCAGCGCGUUGCUCUGUACCAGCCUCUCGCCACGUUUCCUCUCCUCGCGCAAUACGUAAACGGACUGGCCCACGGCGACGCGUCCGCCAUGGCCGAUGCUAAAACCCGUUUACGCUCUCCAUCCUGCCCCACGCUCGGCUGUAAUGACGCGGGCCCUUGGUCUAUAGCAUGUCAAGUACCGACCGAGAAUGAAUUGUACGCCAGCGUGGCCAUCCUCUGUACGGAUGUGGACCAAUUCGCUACGAUGGACCAAGCGGAAUUAAAGCGGUAUUGGUACGCACGACGGGAGGAAAGCAUCGCCAUAGGCGACUAUUGGGCGUCACUGGCAAUGGGCUGUGUAGGAUGGAACGUGACUGCGAAGUGGAAGCUUCCCGGACCGUACGGGGGCCAUACCUCACACCCGUUACUUUUCGUCAGCACCACGCUUGACCCAGUGACUCCGCUGCGAAGUGCGCAGAAGAUGUCUCAAAGUUUCCCUGGAUCGGUUGUACUACAGCAAGAUUCAGAGGGGCAUUCUACAGCGGCAGCCCCCUCUCUUUGCGUCAGCCAACUAAUCCGUCAAUACUUUCAAACCGGGUCACUACCAGCCCCGGAUACAGUUUGCGAACCAGUGUUGAGGCCAUUUAUUGGUAAGGUGGGGAUGAGCGACUUCAGUGGGUCCGAUCAGAAGCUGUGGGGCGCGAUGUUGGAAAUACACCAAACCCCGAUGGGAGUAUUGCCAUUGUGA